AUGUGGGCUGGCGGCAGGGGGGCCGCCGUGCUGCGGCGUGCGACCUCCCCGAUGUUGUCCUGCGGCUGGCGUCGCAGCGUCGCUUCCACCUCCGCCGAGAAGGCCGCCGCGUCGCACGCGACGAGCGAGCGGACUGGGAUCUACGGAGUGCAGGGAUACGAAUUUGUGGAGGGCUUUCGCGUGCUUGGCCCAGGCGCGGCGCUCAUCCGGCUGAAGGCAGCGCUCAGUGUCUACGGGCUGCUCGGCGCCACGGCGGCCUCGUGCGUCGCGUACUACCUUGCAACGCGCAGCUAUGAGCUGACGACGGACCCGGACCCGUACGCCAAGACGCGGCUCCAGUACUUUGCCUCUGACUAUGCGGUGCUGCAGAACCGGUGGACAGGCAGCCGCCGCGUGGUGGCGCUGAGCGACGACGCGGCGAACGCGGGUGCGGCGAAGGAGCGGGAUCAUCCCAAGUCGUCGGAGUCGUUAAUCGCGACGAGGCGCAUUCAUGUCAACUGGCUGCUGUACCGCGUGCGGCUGUAUUUACAUGCUACCGACUCCGCCGUUGUGGUGGAUUUGGGGGCGGACAUGGACCCCUACCGCUUCGCCGUGAAGCGCGGGCGGCGGCCUGCGACGGCCGCGGAAGGGGCGGCGGGUGUGGGGAAUUCUGCGACCGCGCGCGUGCUCUACCGCUCCCGCCUUCGUCCAGCCAUGACGCGCAACGAGUACCAGAGGGGAAGUCUCCCGGUGUAUGAGCGGACACUGGAGACCGUAACGCGGGAAGUGUUCCAGGAAAAGUAUCGGCGGGCCAUUCUGUCGCGGGCGGCGUCGCGGCUGAGCCCGGCGUUCGCCGAGGAGUUUCUGCGGAGCGGCGCGCUGAACGGGGAGGGCAUGUCGUGGGCCGACGUCGUCCCCGACACGGCGGCCUUCUCGGCGGAGGUGCGGCAGCGGGUGGAAAAGAAGCUGGCGGAUCAAGUUAUUCUCCUGCAGGUAGACAUGACGGUUCUCUGA